UAAACGAAACUGCUGAACGUUAUGGUGGUGUUGUUGUGGUGGAGGCGCCCCAGGAGGACGCCGCCGCCGCUGAAGAGUCUUUUUUCCUGUAACUUUUCUGAUCAUUCGGUGCUUCGUGUUUGACACAGACCUGCUGUGUUUAUCGCAGUACCGCUGUGGAAGGACGGGCUGUGAACUGGUGGUCAGACGGCUUCCUGUUUGAACUGCAAGCACUGCAGUUAGUGUCGCCUCAGCUCAGCUCAGCUCAGCUCAUCUCUCGACCAAGGAGACUUUUUACCCAGGACCUUUUUUAAAAACUGUUCACCGCGAACUGUUACAAAUAUCUGGGUGUUUAGCGAGAGGGACACCCACAGUUUUCAGUUUACCGCGGCCGUAGUUGGACUGUCCACCAUGCCGUCAGUGCGGCUGACCGUUCUCUCCGUGUUUACUGUCAUUAGCCUUGUUUUGUGGCUGGCUGCCCCGGGGACGUCGUAUCCUCUUCAGGACGAGACGGACAUCGCCGACCUGAGGGCUGUGAACCCCAUAAACCAUUUCCAGGUUCGGUUCAGCUGGCACAACAUAAGCUGUCCGUUAUGUAAAGCCCUCUUCACCAUCGUGGACGUUGCCCUUUUGAGUGACACGAACACAGAGUAUGUGGCUCGUGCAGUUGGUGAAGCCUGCAUUCAUUUACACUUGGCGGAGGAAAAAGUGUGUCGAGAGAUUACAGAGCUCUUCCGUGAUGACUUCAUCCGUGCCGUGCAGGAGUCUUUUCUCUGGCCCUCAGAGGCCUGUGGUGUACUGCUGGGACCCACUUGUGGUCAUUUUGACAUCUAUGCUCCCUGGAACAUCACCCUGCCCAAGGUCCCCAAACCUCCAGUGGUUCCUCCAACACCGCCCAAGCCCGGCUCACCUCAGAGCCGAGUGCUGUUCCUCACCGAUAUCCACUGGGAUGCAGAGUACGCAGAGGGCAGCGCUGCUGACUGUAAAGAACCUUUAUGCUGCAGGAACGAGUCUGGUCGGGCUAGUUGGAGGAGGCGUGGUGCAGGGCACUGGGGGACUUACAGUAAGUGUGACCUCCCUCUGCGUACAGUAGAAAACCUUCUUCAGAAAUUAACCAAGGCAGGACCGUGGGAUUGGGUCUACUGGACUGGAGACAUCCCUGCACACAAUGUUUGGUCCCAAACAAGGGCCCAGCAGCUGAAUGAGCUAACCACCAUCUCCAAGCUUGUCCGCAAGUACCUCGGACCCCAGGUUACUGUGUAUCCAGCCGUGGGCAACCAUGAGAGCACCCCAGUUAACAGCUUCCCUCCUCCAUUUGUACAUGGGAACCGGUCUUCUCAUUGGCUGUAUGACACCAUGGCAGAGGAGUGGGCUCCCUGGCUGCCAGCUGAAGCGCUGAAGACCUUGCGGCGAGGAGGCUUCUACACGGCCCAGGUGCAGCCGGGUCUGAGAGUGGUGUCCCUGAAUAUGAACUUCUGCGCGAGGGAGAACUUCUGGCUGAUGGUGAACUCUACAGACCCAGCAGGCCAGCUGCAGUGGCUUGUACACAUCCUGCAGGAGGCUGAGAAUAAAGGAGAGAAGGUGCACAUCAUUGGCCACAUCCCCCCUGGACUCUGUCUGAGUAGCUGGAGCUGGAACUACUAUCACAUAGUGAACAGGUAUGAAAGUACUAUAACCGGGCAGUUUUUUGGACACACACACCUUGAUGAAUUUCAGAUGUUUUAUGAUGAGGAGACGAUGACUCGCCCUGUGGGUGUGGCUUACAUUGCUCCAAGCGUUACCACCUACAUUAACCUGAAUCCAGGAUAUCGUGUGUACUAUGUUGAUGGUAACUACCCUGGCAGCAGUCGCCUUGUCUUGGAUCACGAGACCUUCAUCCUCAACCUCACUUUGGCUAAUGGUUAUGAGGAUGUUUCAGGACGGCUUUCCAAGCCUGUUUCAGACCCAGCCUGGACACUGCUGUAUCGGGCCUCUCAGGCCUAUGGCUUGUCCACGCUGUUCCCCUCCAACUGGGACGCUUUGAUUCGAGUCUUUCUUAAUGAUGAUAGAGUCUUUCAGCAAUUUUGGUACUUCAGACACAAAGGCCAUGUGUCUGAGCCCUGCAAAGAAACAUGUAAAAGCACGCUGAUCUGCUUCCUACACAGUGGCCGCUAUGACCUGCUGCAGCAGUGUGAUCUACUGUCCCGAGCCAAAGGACAAAGAGUACGUUCUGUCAGGAAGACCCUGUGUUGAUUAGACAAAUUCGAGCUUGCUGAAUUGAAGCAGUCCACAGCAAGUAUUAAAGAGGUUACUGAUGAA